AAGCCUCUCGAACGGUACGGUCUCGGUUUGACGCUAGUCGCGUUUCUACAGUUCUACGUAGCCGAAGUGUCUGCACGCGCGUUGUUCCCUCUUUCCUUUUUUUUCCAACGGCCGCGACUCCGCUCGGUGUGUCCGGUUUUGUUUGUGCGCGUGCGAGUGUACACGAGAUCCUUUCUGGCGAACGCGCCCACGGUGUAAACACUUUCUAUUCUGACCUCGCUCGGUAGAUCGAAACGUGGGCGACACGAACAGAGGUGGCCGGAGAGAGACCAGCCAUCAGGAAAAGAGUGACACGCAUACAGAUCCGCUGACCGUUCGGCGGCGAAUCGAGCUUUUAUCCAGCGGUUGAAUCGCGAGAUCGAAUUACGAGAAUGACAGUGAACGUCAGGGUCGGAACAGAUUAUCGCGUGUCCAAGCCUCCGGUGAACCACGAUCGAAUGGGAUCCUAGUUCGUCGGUGUGCGGCUGUACGCGGAGGACACGCGCGUGUAAUGUCAGUGAAGAAGGCACGCUAACUCACCGAGAGGCUCCGCGGCGAAAGGCGAAAGUUUUUGUGGUGACCCCGGUGCUGAACAAACUCCUGUCUCUUCACGGAGGGCCUGGCUAACGUGUUGCGCUUCGAAAGCGUUUUAUCUUCGCACGGUUUCUCGCGAGGACGACCAGAAGAGCGGCACGUAUGUCUUGCUCGAGGUCCGGCUUCAUUUGCAUCCCGUCGAGGAGAGUCUAUUAUUUCAAGGAUCGGUGCAGGCUCUACACCAUAAAGGGUGCAACAGGACACUCGCGUUAGGUUAGGUCGGAGCGGCGGAGAUCGAACUGGUUCCCCGUAGCGCGGACCUCGAGAAGAUACGGCUGAGUUUGGUGGUCUCUUCGAUCGAAUCGAGGAUACAGUAGACGGUUAUGAUGGGUGUAUUGAGGUGGAGGCACGAUCUCAGAUCGGAUGCCGGCCAACAGCAACAACAACGGCCAAACACAGACCGGUCUUCGACAGGACACAAUAAUCAUGCGCACGCGCACCCUCACACGCACACGUUGCCGAAACUUAUAUCGCAGACUCCGCGGGAGGAUCGAGCGGCGUCGAGUCCUGGCAGUCAGAAUAAUCACACACCCACACCGUCUCCAUCACCGGUGGGAGAUGCACCCGUUGGCAGGGCACUUAUGGAGGCUGCGCUUCAGCAAGCCACUUCCGGGUCUCAGCCACCUCUGGUGGUGACACCGUCUGGAUACUGGGUCGACGGUACCGAUCAUCGACACUCCCUGGACUCAGCUGGCCGGGCGCUACUUCCGGCGCAACCCGCCUGGCAACCCAGGAUAGACCAGGACGACACGGCCAAGUGUUACAGGCGAUUCUUCGUCGGCAGGUCUAGUACGGAGCAUGUGAACCUGGUGGGAAGGGACGGGGAGAACGGGCCGGUCCUCGUCUCGGUGAAGGCCGAAACGGUCGCCGGACAGGAGCAUUGGCGAGUCCUGUUACGACUGCGAGCAGGCUCGACCCACGAAUUAGUACCAGCCGCAAACCUCGGCCCGAAUCCAUCGCCCGCGAAAAUGGUCAAGGCAAUGAACGAAUCCCUGAACGUGAGCACGCUGAUGCCUGUUGUCUGUUCCGGUGCUGGUACACUGAUAGCACGAUACGAUGAACACGCUCUCGUAUCGAGGUUUAAAUUCGGCGUUCUUCAUCAACGUGCCGGUCAAGUGACGGAAGAACAGCUUUUCGGGAACAGGCAAAUUACACCAGCUUUCCAAGAAUUUCUUGACUUGUUGGGUCAAAAAAUCGAUUUGAAGGAUCACAAAGGAUAUCGUGGAGGUUUAGAUACCCGACACGGACAAACCGGUGAUUCCGCGGUGUAUGAAGUAUUCCGCGGACGAGAAGUUCUCUUCCACGUUGCUUCUCUUCUCCCAUACAGUCCCGGAGACUCUCAGCAAUUACAGCGCAAAAGACAUAUCGGUAAUGACAUCGUUGCAAUAAUAUUCCAAGAGGAGGCAACACCUUUCAGCCCAGAUAUGAUUGCCAGUCACUUCUUACACGCAUUCAUCGUGGUACAAGUCGUUGACCCCUGUACUUCCAAUACGAGGUACAAAGUGAGUGUGACUGCGCGAAACGACGUUCCAUGGUUCGGACCAGCUCUACCGACGCCAACUGUGUUUUUGCGCGGAGUCGAAUUCAAGGAAUUCCUUUUAACGAAGUUGGUGAAUGCUGAAAAUGCCGCGUACAAAGCCGAGAAGUUCUCAAAACUGGAGCUAAGGACAAGAUCAGCACUUUUGGAGUCCCUGACAGAAGAGCUGCAAGCCAAAACCGCCGAGUUUCUUGGAGGAGCGAUCGGAUUAGGAGGUCCUGGUUUGGGGUUCGGAGGGAAUUGUCCAGUAAGUCCAACAGCGAGCGACACAUCAGGAUCCGGAAGUGGAGGCAGCGGUUCCAGAUUCAUUGACACGGUUCGGAAAGCUUUGAUAUCACGUGUUAGAAACGCGUCGACGGAGAGCGUGCCGCAACAAUUAUCAAAGAAGGGUCAGUCCGAGCCCAGUCCACCCAGUAAUCGGCAGUCUACUACGAAGAUUAGUGGGAAGCGUUCGGUAGAACCAUCAAGUCCCUUGGGUUCCCCGGAUUUGACCCUCCGAAGGGAUUCGGAACGCGGAAGCCCUAGUUUAGGAAGUCAGGACAGUAGUUUGUCCAACACAGACAAUCAAGAUAGCAGUUUAGCUACUCUGCAACAGGACGAGGUAGAUCGCAGAGAAUCUACCGUGUCGGUUAGCGUCAACAAUGACACAACGAUUGUGGACAAAGCUCCUGUACAGUCGGUCCAGAGAUUAACGCACGAGAACCUGCGGAAACAAGAGAGAUCAGAAAAAACGGAGACCACGCAACGCGUCAUCUCAGAAAGUGACGACAGUUCGUUGAACAGCGAAUUGGAACUCGAUCAGGCUGUAUAUCCAGAUAGCGAUACUGGCCUUGAAUCGAUGAGUUCCGCAGAGACUCAUGAAACCGCACGAUGCACCACUAAGGACGGUGUCCUGGAAAAUGAGAACUUGAGGAUGGAAGUUACUAGGCUUAAGUGCGACAAGUUAGACUUGCUAAGGCAGAAUGUGACUUGUCAACGUGACAUAAAACGUCUACGUGAGAAGGAGCUUCAUUUACAAUCAGAUCUUGCAGCUGCUUCAAAAGAAAUUUUGCGGUUACGGGCGCUGCUGAAGGAUUGUUCGACGAGUAUUCCAUUGGACAACAACAAUCAACAAACGUCUACAGUUUAAAUGUUAUUUUACCAUGUCUUUAGUACACCUAUAUUGGCGAGUAACUUCCUGUUACUAUUCUUAGAUUUUAUUCAUUAAUUAGGUGCAGUAGUUGAAACACUUACUUUUUUCGGAAUUGCUUCUAUUGAAUAAAAACAAACAACUUUCCGAACUUGCUUUCUGAAAGUUUAAAAUUUGCAAUCGAAAGGCUUUACGUUUGAUUUUAACUGAUAUGGUUGAACUUUAAUUAGAUAGAAAUUCGUACAAAAGCGGAAUGUCAGAAGAGGCAUUGUCAGUGAAUGGUAUUUAAAGAUGAAAUAAAAGUGAGUCUGCGAUAUAUAUAAUUAUAGCAACGCGUCUUUCGAGAUAUUUGCAGCGGAGCUAAUUGUUACUUGUAGUAUAAUACUUGUUUCAAUUUAAACCAUAUUAUUUAUCUAUUAAUUUAUUAAUAUGCGUAAGUUGACCUCUAAUAGUCAAUAUAAUUACAAGUAAAUGGUCACGUAAAUACGUACAAACGUGAAUGUAGAUAGAAAAAUUCAAAGAAAUAGAUGCAUCUUGUCAUUAUAAUAUUAGAAAACGCUAGUAUCAAACAAGUAAAAUGGCCUUUAGAUUUAGAAUUUUCGAAACUAAGUGUAAACACAUAGAAUCGAAUAUGAUACAUUUUAUCUGUAAUUAAAUGUUUAUAAAUACUAUGCAGGAUUCCCCAAAAGUCACGGAAUUGUUAAUUGUUUUAGAAAAAGAAAAAUUGUUUCCGAAGAAAGUGUUUUAAACAGAAGUAUCGAGAUAUUAAACAUUUUAUGUAAUGGUCACAAUGAUCAUUAACACUUUUAUCUCAAACGUGAUUUAAUAAAAUGUUUUGUUUCUUGAAUAAUCAACUGUUCUGCAACUUCUGAGGGAUCCUGUAUAUACAUAUAUAUGUAUAUGAUGUAACAUAUGCUGUCAUCGUAUUGUUAUACUACGAAAGACGUGCAUAUUGACCCGUAAAACAGUAUAAAGCGUGUGAUACGUGUAUCAACUUGUACCAACUAAUUAUGGGCUCUAGAAAUGUGUUUUGUCUAUAUAUUUCUGAUGUCCAGUGUUGAAACAAGGAUAUGUAUCAUUUCAGUAUUUAUUGUGGUAAAUUUACCAAAACCAUUACUAGUUUUUUUUAGUAUUAGUCCGCAACAAUUCUAGAAAAUACGAAUGCCUCGUUAAUUAAUCUUCCGAUAUUGUUAGCCAACCUAGAGUAAGAUUUGGUUUUCUAACCAUUCGAACGAUUACGAUGAUUUAUGUAGCUGCACCAAAUUGUUUAAGUGCACACAGCGUCUCAAUGUGUCAAUAGUGUUACGAAUAGGAUACGUAUUACCGUUCACUAUACACAAUUACGCAAACGUAAACUAAAUGUAAUUCAUCUGCUUAGUGAUGCACUUUUUAUUUUCAUUAUCUUUCACUGACGGUAUUAGUAUGAUUACGAUUAUUCUUAUGUCCUUUAUAGGUAUUUUUUUUUCUUUGUAAAUAAUCGCCUAUCUUUCUGUAUAGAAAGAUGGAAAAUGUUAAUGAAAUGAAAGGAUAGAGGGACAUGAAAGUUCACUCAUAUAUAAUACCAAAGUUUAUCAUAGUAAAAUCUACGUCUCUUAGUUUUCUACAUUCCUUUACAAACAAUAUUCGCCUCUGAAAUUUAUGUAUAAGACAACAUAUUUUUCUUGAUCGAAGGUUUUUUUCUACAAAUACAAUUCUUCUGAAUUUCAAUGAAACUUUGUAUGCCUUUACAAAUAUUUUGCAGGUAUAUCACAAUUUAUCACUGCCUAAACAAUGUCGUUUUAAAAUAUAACGCAUUUCUCCAUUCUGAUGAAAAAUUUGAUUUUCCGAUGUAACAUGAACUAAUGACAUUUUUUGCAUUACUUUCAAAUCGGAAAGCUAUUAAAUCUGAAUUCGAAUUAAGAGAAAAUAUGUAGUUCAUGAAUAAAUCGCCAAAACACUAAUAGUAACAGUUUAUCUUGAACUUCUUUUAAACAAUGAUCUUUGUAACGCCGGCUAAAAUCAUUAAGUAAAAUAUGCCUCUAAAAACAAGUAUUUGAAUUAGCAAUUAUCGUAAAGUUUGCAAUGAUGCUAUUUUCAACUGUUCUAAAAAAUAAUAUCCACUAUAUUUUAUAGGAUUUACGAUCUUCAUAUUUUCAUGAUGCUGUCAUUUCAGACUGAAUAUUAGAAUAUGUCUUCAGAUUUUAUGAUAUUUGUAAAACACGAUCGGGAUUACAACUUUUUUACAUACAAAAGCAAAAGAUUUAAUAUUAUUCAUACUAUGUAAAAAAUUACUAUGUAUUUUUUAAAAAUAUUACAUUAAAGAUUAAGGAUUGAAUUACUUUAAUCGAAAACUGGAAUUAGAAAACUAAAACAAUUUGCUAUCAUAAACCGAAGGAGAUGGCAAUUCUAAUCUCUAGUGUGCAUAAAUUGCUAAAUUAAUGAAUUGCGAAAAAAGCAUCACAAAUCCUUAAAAUAUGUAUCACAGUUUAUUCUUUUUGUUAAUGUUAUUGCACAGUGCAUUUCAGAACGUGUAAACUUCACUAGUGGAUUCAACAGACUAAAAUAAGGGAAAUAAUUUAUAUGACCUUGUUUACUAAAAAUACAGCCGAAUUUCUGUCUUCCAAUAAUUAAUUUUUCGAAAAUCCGAAGAUGGUCACUUCAAACAAUUUCUGUAAAGGCAGGUAAACAAUCGAUGUAAUACAAAAACGGGUAUAUUGAAGCAAGGACAUAUCGGACAUAAUAUGUUUCUAUCAUCUCUUCCUUGUUUUAAUGUGCUGUUUCCCUUAAUGAAAUUAUAUUCGCAUCUUUUGAAAUAUUCUAUAUAACAUAAUACAAAUCAUUAGUAUAUAAAACAAAUACAUCCAUUCAAUGUAAACAUUCAUGUUUCAAAGCAGAAAAAUGUCAACGUUCUUGAAAAAUAAAUAUUGUAAAGCGUCAUA